CCGAAUAACACCUUAUCUCUUCAGAGUCAUCAACCUCUCUCUCUCUCUCACACACACACAUAAAUAAAUACACCCUCAAUUCUUGCCAUUAGUUUCAAAGAACCAUCUUUAUAGAAAAACCCAAUCAAAAUGCAGGCAACUUUGUACUUUGCACCAUCUUCCAUUCCCAGAUUGAUACCCUCUUCAAACACCACAGCUUCACCAUUGCCAUGGAGGUCCAUCCCUCAGUUACAAACUACACAACAAUGUCCACUGAUCAAACUAACUGCCACACCCAAUGACACCUCAACAGUUGAUUACAGCUCCAUGAAUUCUGUAUUUCCAGCAGAAGCUUGCGAGACGGUAGGAGGAGAAGCUUGUGAUGCUGAAAUGUAUCCUGAAGCGAAGCUCAAUCCUGAAGCCAAGAACAACAAAUCCAGGGCCGCCCCAGAGACGGUUGACAGAGAAUAUCUCGAGUACAACAAUCCCAAGACGGUGUUUCCAGGAGAAGCUUGUGACGAUCUCGGAGGAGAAUUCUGCGAGCCUGAAUAUCAGAGUGGAGUUUACUAGAGAAUAAUAUAGUCUAAAUAUAUAUAUAUAUAUAUAUCUACCUCUCUCUCUCUAUAUAUAUAUGUGUGUGUGCGUGUGUGUGAACCUAAGAAAGUUGUUGUACUUGAGAGCUAAUACAAACUUCAUAUUUUCAGAAUCACCUCAUUUACAUGUUGUGUUGGAUAGGCAAGGUACUGGUAGAAGAAGCACCACAUGUCAAUCAAUAAGUCUGUCUGCAUCUUCAUAUAGCCAUAGAAGAAAAUUAAACUAAACUUUCAUUUGGGACACUAUGAAAACUCA